AUGAUACGAAGGUUUACCGUACUUCUACUCACGAAUGUGGUCCUUCUCAGAGCAAACGAUAGCUCUGAAAAAACCGUGAGCAACAACUCUGAAGCUCUGGUACAAGGCCAGGGUCAACAGUAUAGCUUUCCACCAAAUAAUACACCUGUGACAAAGGUGUACGUCUUUGGAAGGCCGAUCUACGUCAGGCAGCCGUUUGUCUUACCACUACGAGAUGACCCAUAUAACCCCAGUGUUGAGAGCCCUCCUCUGAGAGAUCAGGGAUCAUUUCCUGUGGUACCAGCCGUACCUGUGGUUGGCAAUCUUGAGCAAGCCAUUCUGAAAGAAGAGCUAAUGAAACCGAUCUUCACAAGUCCGAUGCGCUAUCGACUACCAGAGCGACAGUUUGAAGAGCCGGCGCAACAGCCGGUCUAUGUGCAACCAAAGCCUAGAUAUCCUCUGCCGCAGUGCUACACGAACGACAGUGGAUUCAUGUGCUGCAAUCGGGAACUGGAACGAGUAAUGCGAGACGUACUUGAAGAGCUCACUGCAGAUAAAGGAUGGCAAACUUGUAAUGUACAAAAGAUUGCGAACACACUACAGAAUCGGACACAAUCCAUUUUCAACACGGAUUUUGAAGCACUGGCAGGUCUCGGCGACUUCGCCUCUAAAACUCACUUUACCAUGAUCUCAUAUGCAAGAUUGAGUUCCAGGGCAGAUUCAUGUUGUUGCUACGCGACUCCAAAUCGAUACCAUCCACCACCAGGCUAUAUCACACCACCAACGGAGACCACUAGCGUUUCCUAUAUUUAA